UUCAUGGCAUUGACUACUACUGUCUCAAAAAUAAUGAAACAGAAUGAAAAAACGGCUAUAAUCAUAAAUUUGCUUCUGGAUCGAUAUGAUAUGGAUGAAAAAAUAAAACUAAAAUUAACUAAAUUUUCUACUGACCUCUGGCACCUGACUGUUAAAUUCACCGCCUAUAAUAUCAUACCACUAAACCGUACUCUUUUGGCGGUCAUCAAUAGUACCAUUGCGACGUAUUUAGUUAUUGCAGUACAAUUUCAUAUCAGCUCAAUUUCUGAUAAAUAAUAAAAGUCAUCAAAAAUUCACUAAAGUCUUUU